CGGUUUGAAACUGUCGGAUUAUCAGCGGAAAUAGUCGAGGAAGACUUCUGCACGAUAGUCAUGUAUCUGUACCUCCUGGGGCUGGUUGUUUUCUUCUACCUGUACCGCUGGGUCAGGGAGUUGCCCAGGGUUUCCGACAAGGGCAGCAAGUAUGUCUACAUCACGGGCUGCGACUCGGGCUUCGGCAACCUCCUGGCACGCCAUCUGGACAAGAAGGGGUUCAGGGUGAUCGCCGCCUGUUUCACCGAGAAGGGAGAGGAGGACCUGAAGAAGUCCUGCUCCCGCAACCUGAUCACAACACACCUGGAUGUCAGGUCUAAGGACAGCAUUGCCAAAGUGGCAGCGAUGAUCAAGGACGAAGUGGGGCAGCGUGGUUUAUGGGCAGUGGUGAACAACGCAGGCGUGGCCGUCCCGUCUGCCCCGUGCGAUUGGCUGACGAUCGACGACUACAAGUCCAUGCUGGACGUGAACCUGAACGGGGUGAUUGCUGUGACCCUGAGCGUCCUGCCGCUGAUUAAGAAAGCCAGAGGAAGAGUGGUGAAUGUGGCGAGUGUGUUUGGGAGGAUCAGUGCCACCGGAGGCCCGUACACUGUCUCUAAGUACGGCGUGGAGGCGUUCAAUGACAGCCUCAGGAUAAAUAUGGUACCUUUCGGGGUCAAAGUCCUCUGCAUUGAGCCAGGCUUCUUCAAAACAAACGUGACGGACGCUGGUAUCCUGAGCAAGAGUAUCAAGACGCUGUGGGAGAAGAUGCCCCAGGAGGUCAGAGAUGACUAUGGAACUGAAUAUCUACAAAAGGUAAUGGACGUGCUGACAGACAAAGUUGCCAAGAUCAGCGAUGCCGAUCUGAUGAAGGUGGUCAGCUGCAUGGAGCACGCUGUGUCCGCCGUCAGGCCCCGCACACGAUACUCCCCCGGCUGGGACGCCAAGCUCUUCUGGCUGCCGCUGUCAUACAUGCCGAGCCGCCUCUCUGAUUACAUCAUGACGAUGGAAGCCGUUCCUAUUGCCAGGCAGAUACAAUAAAAUGUGUUUUUUUAUAUUCAUGUGUGCACAUUUUAGACUCAUCUAUUGUAUGUAAUUGUAUAACUGAAGCACUUUUGGUAGCCAACAUGACACCUAAUGAAGUACUGUGUAUCCCUCCUCUGAAUAGUUUCCCUCACUGGCUGAUAAAUUAUUGUCAUUUUCAAGGCCACCUUAUCUCCAGGCAGAUAGAGCUUUGUUCAGUCUAAUGUCCUGGAUGAUAGGUGUGUGUGAAAGGUUAAGGAAGAGCAAUAAAGAAACAGACUUCUUCACAAAGCACAUGUUUUGUGCUAUUUGUCGAAAUACAACUUGAAAUAGAAACUAGUCAUUGUGGCACUGUGCAGUAAUAAUAAGGAGUAUGUGAGGAGCAAAGAUACAGAGCUGUGAGGUCAUUUUGCAAACACACACCUGCAAAACUCAGGACUGUAACCGACCCAUGACCCAAUCAUCAAACACAGGCUAAACAGACUCUGUCUUUGAAACUUUGAAUGGUUGCUGAUAAAAUUACGCUGGUUUAAAAAUAAACACCUUUUUUUUCUA